AUGCCGGAAUUCGUUUAUGGCUCAGGGCCGCCACAGCCAGUCCCACCAAUGAAGCCAGAGCACAUAUCAGACGGCAUUACCUUAGUACGACCGCUUUCAAGAAAGGGCAUAGGGCCUGGUAUGAUCGUACUAUCGCCGAACGAGGAGUCAGCAACGCCGAUAGAGAUUCAGGACGGCAUUCCAUCACUACGCAUGAAAUGGGCAGAAGAAGGCUAUUGUGUGGUGGAGAUCAGGCCUCAAGCAUCAUCUUCAGCACUGAAGACGGCGAUCCAGAGGCUGAGCGAAUGCCAUGAGUGCGAGCCAAAGGAUAGGAUGGGCUUGAUCUGCUACGGUGCCGAAAUGUGGUCCAAAUCUGCAACCGCGACGGAGAGCCUCAAGGAUCGCAUCGUUUGCGCUGCGCUGUAUGCCGAGGCUGCACAGUUUUCGACAUUGUCUGCUCAAGCCUCCGUGCCCACCAUCUAUCACCUGGCCGGCGACGAGACGAAGAAGAGUUUGAAGCCAGGAAGUAAAGUGUACGAGUACGGCACGAACCAGCAGUACAGCUUCCCAAUACCGUGCCAUAAGGACUUUCACUAUGCCACGGAGGCGGUGUCACAUUCACGAAAUCUUGCGUUCCUGAAGCCACUUAUGGGAGGGCCAUACUUUGACCUCGAGCUUCUGUGGGAAGAGCACACAUAUUACGAGUUUGGCGAUCGGAGUGUUGCGAACACCAUGACGACUAUGGUCGAGGAGCCAUAUGUUAACCACGUUCCGACAAUGACCGGUGGCAUCGGGAGGAAAGCUCUCACAGACUUUUACACAAAUCACUUCAUCUUCUCCAACCCAGCCGACACUGAGCUCGAGCUCAUUUCCCGAACAGUUGGCAUCGACAGAGUAGUCGAUGAGUUCAUCUACAAGUUCACACACGACAUGACUCCAGAUUGGCUCUUCCCUGGCCUUCCACCAACAAACAAAUAUGUGGAGAUCCCCAUGAUGGCCGUUGUCAACAUUCGUGGUGACCGGCUUUACCAUGAGCACAUCACCUGGGAUCAAGGCACUGCUCUGAGGCAGAUCGGUGUUCUUCCGGAGACAUUGGUGCUGAAGGUCGACGCCAAAGAUGCUGGAACCAACGAGAAUAACGUCACGAAUGGUGCCAACGGCACGAAUGGACGUGUCAAUGGCAAUGGGGUGAAGGGUGGCGUUGUGAGGUAUGAGGUGAGCCUGCCCGUCGCAGGAACUGAUACAGUGGCGAAGAUGAGAGAUAAGAACUCUGUGGACAGUAACAAGAUGUUUGAGUUCAAGCCGAGGGAAUUAGGAGGCCAAUAG